AUGGCUGAAUAUAUCCACUACUCCUGCGGGACAAUUGAUCAGAAGAAGGUUACCGAAAACAAGCGUGCAGAGCUGGAGUGGUGGAUUGAAGGGAUAUUAAGGGAAGAUAGCGAUUCUUUUGAGUUGGAAGAAGAGAGGAAGAGAGUAAUCAUUGCACCCAUCCAAAAGAUGAUUGUGAGACGACAUUCUGGGAGAAAUGGAGGAUGUUUUCCUUCAUUGAUAGACAUCGUAAAUGGCUCGAGAAGGAAGAGACGGAGAGAUUUUGUGACGAUUGUGGUUCUGCUCACUAUUGUCUGUCCAAAAGUGUAA